AUGGCAUCAGCUGCGAACCUUGUCACUCGGCUCCUGUGGGCUUACUUACUGGAGCUUUGGAUAGGAGGGCACACGGCUGAUACCACUCACCCCCGCUUACGUCUGUCACAUAAAGAACUCUUGGACCUAAAUCGAACAUCAGUCUUUCAUAGCCCUUUUGGGUUUCUUGAUCUGCAUGCAAUGCUGCUGGAUGAAUAUCAGGAGAGACUCUUUGUGGGAGGCAAGGAUCUUGUGUAUUCUCUCAGCUUGGAACAAAUCGGCAGUGGCUAUCGAGAGAUACACUGGCCUAGUACAGCACUAAAAAUAGAAGAAUGCAUAAUGAAAGGAAAAGAUGAGAGUGAAUGUGCAAAUUAUGUUCGCGUUUUGCAUCACUAUAAUAGGACGCACCUUCUGACCUGUGGUACUGGAGCUUUUGACCCACUUUGUGCCUUCAUCAGGGUUGGAUACCAUUUGGAAGGCCCCCUGUUUCAUCUGGAACUGCACAGGUCCGAAAGAGGAAGGGGCAGAUGUCCUUCUGAUGCCAGCUCCUCCUUCACCUCCACCUUAGUUGGUAAUGAAUUGUUUGCUGGACUUUAUAGUGAUUACUGGGGCAGAGACGCUGCGAUCUUCCGGACAAUGGGGCGACUGGCCCAUAUUCGCACCGAGCAUGACGACGAGCGCCUGUUGAAAGAGCCAAAAUUUGUAGGUUCGUACAUGAUUCCUGACAAUGAAGACCGAGAUGACAACAAAGUGUAUUUCUUUUUUACCGAGAAGGCCCUGGAGGCCGAGAACAGCGCGCAGGCCAUUUACGCCCGAGUGGGGCGACUCUGUGUGAAUGAUGUGGGAGGCCAGAGGAUACUGGUGCAUAAGUGGAGCACUUUCCUAAAAGCCAGACUGGUCUGCUCAGUACCAGGCAAGAAUGGAAUUGACACCUAUUUUGAUGAAUUAGAGGAUAUUUUCUUGCUGCACACCAGAGAUCAUAAGAACCCAGUGAUAUUUGGACUCUUUAACACUACUAGUAAUAUAUUUAGAGGGCAUGCAAUAUGUGUCUAUCAUAUGUCUAGCAUCCGGGCAGCCUUUAAUGGACCAUAUGCACAUAAGGAAGGACCUGAAUACCACUGGUCACUCUAUGAAGGAAGAGUCCCUUAUCCAAGGCCUGGUUCCUGUGCCAGCAAAGUGAACGGCGGGAGAUACGGAACCACCAAAGACUAUCCCGAUGAUGCCAUCCGAUUUGCAAGAAGCCAUCCACUUAUGUACCAGCCCGUAAAACCUGCCCAUAAAAAACCAAUCCUGGUAAAAACAGAUGGAAGAUAUAACCUGAAACAAAUAGCAGUAGAUCGAGUGGAAGCUGAGGAUGGCCAAUACGAUGUCUUGUUCAUUGGGACAGAUAAUGGAAUUGUACUGAAAGUAAUCACGAUUUAUAACCAAGAAACAGAAUCAAUGGAAGAAGUAAUUCUAGAAGAACUUCAGAUAUUCAAGGAUCCAGUUCCUAUUAUUUCUAUGGAGAUUUCUUCAAAGAGACAACAGCUGUAUGUUGGAUCCGCUUCUGCCGUGGCCCAAGUCCGAUUCCAUCAGUGUGACAUGUACGGAAGUGCUUGUGCUGAUUGCUGCCUGGCUCGCGACCCUUACUGUGCCUGGGAUGGCAUAGCCUGUUCCCGGUAUUACCCAACAGGCACCCAUGCAAAGAGGCGAUUCCGCAGACAAGAUGUUCGGCACGGAAACGCCGCUCAGCAAUGCUUUGGACAGCAGUUUGUCGGGGAUGCUUUGGAUAAGACUGAAGAGCGACUGGCGUAUGGCAUAGAGAACAACAGUACUUUGCUGGAAUGUACCCCACGAUCUUUGCAAGCAAAAGUUAUCUGGUUUGUACAGAAAGGACGUGACACAAGAAAAGAGGAGGUGAAGAUGGAUGACAGAGUGGUUAAGAUGGACCUCGGUUUACUCUUCCUCAGGGUACACAAAACGGAUGCUGGGACCUAUUUUUGCCAGACAGUAGAGCACGGUUUUGUCCAUACUGUCCGUAAAAUUACCCUGGAGGUGGUGGAAGAGGAGAGAGUGGAGGAAAUGUUUCACAAAGACUUUGAAGAGGACGGGCCUCACAAGAUGCCCUGUCCUGCCCAGAGUAGUGUCCCACACGGGGCAAAACCCUGGUACAAGGAAUUCUUGCAGCUGAUUGGUUAUAGCAACUUCCAGAGGGUGGAGGAAUACUGUGAAAAGGUCUGGUGCACAGAUAAGAAGAGGAAAAAGCUCAAAAUGUCGCCUUCCAAGUGGAAAUAUGCCAACCCACAGGAAAAGAAGCUGCGUCCCAAAGCGGAGCACUACCGCCUGCCCAGGCACACACUGGACUCCUGAUGGGGCGAAACGGUCUACUGGCUUCUGGAGAAUUUCUGUUUGGAACUGAAAACAAAUAACAACAACAAUGAAGAGAAGCCAUUUAACUUCUUUGUACUGCUUAAAAGAGUUCUGUAACACAGAAAUGACUGUGAAGGUAUUACGAUAAAUUAUUCUACCUACUCAUCUGACUGGUUAAAAAUCUCAUAAAACUAACUAAUUUUCUAAACAAGUAUAUUCCUCAGUGGCUUCCGACUAUAUUUACCAAAAAGUGACCAUAGCUGUAGUUUUGAAUACUUGGCUGCUUUUCCUUGGCAAAAUUAUUAUCUUACCCUUGGAAAACUUAGGAUUAUUGGAGUAUUGAUGAAAAAGCAGAGAUUCUAAUAAGCAUGGAAAAAAAUUAAAUAUAUAUUUUAAUCUUUCUGAAUUCUACCCUUCCGCCACGAUGUAAAAUAUACAGAACAUCAAAUACUUUAAUGUUCUCAUAUGAACUGUCUUUGCGUUCCAAGAAUUCUCAUGUUAGUGUCUAAGCUCUGUGUUUUAUGAAGCAGGUGUGUUGUAAUUGUAAACCAUGAAAGAAAAACUGUGGUCACCUUGAGGCUCAUGCCCUUCAUAAAACAUUCAUUCAACCCCGUUCACUAUAGUUAUGUUUCAUGGUGAAAACACGUCCUUUCAAUUUCACUCCACUGAAUAAAGAAUGAAGUUAAGGUAACUUAUUAAAAAAAAAAAAAAAA